AUGUCUACAGCCACCGUUCUCAACCAUCGAGUCGGCCACCGGAAACAAAGCUCUGCCCAGGCGAAUUCGAUUUCCAAUCUUCCUGUCGAGACCAUUCUGGAUAUCCUGGCCAAUGCCACUUCUUUCCACGCUCUCAGGACUCUACUCCAGGCUUCUUCUCAUAAUGAUAGAGUUAUGCAAAUAUUCAUGCUCAACAAGGACUAUAUCUACACUUCGAUUGCCAAACGUCAAUUCACUCCACUAGAGGACGCUCUCGCCGCAGCGUCUAUGGCAUCGUUGCUGGCUCCAGUCAAUGAAUUGGACGAACUAGAUGAUCCUACGGCUCCAUUGACACUUCUCUCUGACCGAGAAGGGAAUAACAAAUCUCUUCGUGUUCGAGACAAGGGUCCAGAAGGCCUGGAGGAACGGAUUCAAAAGCUUCUCAUAAACGAUAUGGUUGCCACAGAACUCGAAACACUCUUUGAACAGCGCCUCCAUGGAUCUGGGUACAAACUCUCAGCUACGGAGAGGGUCAUGUUUCGACAAUCUCUUUAUCGAAUUUGGGCUUUUACCGCUGGGAUCCCUCGUUUCGCCACCCGUUGUGUCUUUGAUCCUGAAGAGGUCAAGCAACAAUACUGGGAGGUCAGGUUCUUGUCGAGAUAUUCCGCUAGAGAUAUCUGCGAAAUCGGAAAGGUUUAUUCCUUCCUUGUAGGGUUGGUGGUUGAAAUCUGUCGACGAUGCCGUCACCAAGAAUUCUUCGAACCUGGAAAUGACAACGACGAAGAAUACCUCUCCGAUGUUAUUGGAUACCAUAUCUCUAAAGGACCCGACGCAGUCUUGGAGCUCUUUAAAUUAGCCACCUCUGAAGCAAAUCCUGCCAAAGUAUCCCGCAGACUAGCUUGGGGUGCUGUUGGCUACCAACGAUUCCUCAUUGGUGACCUCGAAUACGUCUGGUAUAAAAAAUAUGGUGGCCUUAAUUUCCGUCAAAAAAGCUUCCGCCAGAGCUCCAAGGACGCCAUUUGUUCCUAA